CAUUUUAAGCAUAUUGUAGGCAGGUUUGUAAGUUAACGUCCACGAGAGAGGUGGCGCGUGGGAGAUGUGAGACUUGAAAAUGUAACUGAAUUAAGGGGGGGAGUGCUAAUGAACAGAGACCACGUGUGCACUUUCUCGAACCUCCCUCGAAAACCUUUUGUGCUCUUUUCCACUUCAUGUCAACAGUAAAACUCUGCUCUCGAGCAGAUGCCCACGUGUCCCCUCUCUUUCGGCAGUGCUGGACACAAGCCUUCUUGUCAUACGUCCUCCUCGGGGGCCCAUCUCCAACGCUCGAUCACACCAUUCGAUCUCUUCACUUGCCCCUGGGCCCCACCCCUAAACUUUCCUCCAAUCAAUUUCCUACACUAUUCCCUUGUUACCCUAGCCACGUGUUACUUCUCUGUUAAUUUGCCGCAAUGAUUGUCGCUUCUCAUAAACUAACUUUCACCAAAAAAAAUCGGCGGUUUGAAAGAGAAAAGAUUGAGAUUUUGAGGAGAGAAUCAGGUAAGGGACGCUACGAUUUUGCUGGCGUUGGUAACAGCGGCGGCGGAGAGAGAUGAACGGUGGUGAGAAAUGGAGUAUGCUAAGCUACCCAGGGGGUUCACUAGAUAAGACGGUCAUCAAUCGGAUAAUGUUAAGAUUCCGGCCAAUAGCUCCAAAACCGGUGGCCGGAGAGACAGGUUCCGGUGGUGGUCAGUUUGAUAACAAAAACCUGUUGCUUUCUAAGCCAAGAGCUAAGAGAAAGUACGUUAGGGUUCGAAAGAAUAAUAUCAAGAGAAAGAAAAGAUCAUCUUCAGAUCAUCUUCAUCAUGAAGAGGUGUCAAAGGAUCCUGAAAGGAUCGUUACUCUGCAGUUAUUACCAGAGAAAACUGAAGCAAAUGGAUCGACUAUCAACCAAAACGAUGCAGUUUUGGAGGAAAAUCAAGGUCCACCUUUGUUGUUUAACUUGAACUUCAACAACCGUUGGAUUGAUCGUAUGGGAGUCGUUGAGGAACCUGAUCAGACGGUGGUGGUGAGUCAAAAGAGGAAGGUAACGGUGGUGGAGUCGUGGGUGACGGUGGAGUGCGUGACAGACACUUGCAUGGAUGGGAGAGAGCUAGGGAGUACGGACGUGGAUAGGACGAAGAAUCUUGAGGCUGACACGUGCCCAGGGUUUAUAUCCGAUGGUUUGAAUAAGGUGCAGUGGGUGAACGGAGCGUACAAGAGGAUGUUGACUGUGGGGGAAGGAAAUGACGGGCCGUCACCGGAUAUAAUGGUUUGGCUCGUGAUGAAGCAAGAGUUACCUAGGUUUUGCACUGCAUUCUCAUGCAAGGUAAGGUUGCAGUACACGUGGCAGAACGAGAAGUAUUCGAGGAUGUUGCCGUGUGAUGUCUGGAAAAUGGAUACUGGUGGUUGUUUUGCAUGGCGGCUGGACGUCGAGGCUGCCCUCAGUCUCGGCCGUUAAGGAAAAUUGAGAUCAAAGGAGUAAUUAAAGAGAGAAAUGAAGCAAAAUAGUAGAAUAAUCAGGUUUUCUAAUCAAAGGCCGACGUCAAAGGAUCAGAAAGAAACAACUGAAUGUGUACAGUUUUACUCCUGGAAGUGUACAUAUGGUACGUAACUGUUGAACUUAGAGAAUUAUAAACGUAGUGCUGAAUAAUUUCAUUGCCAUGGCAAGCUGCCUUAGAUGAAGAGUUGAAAGCCCAGAUUUUUGGACUGAACAUCGAUCAACUUCACCAAGCGAAAGGUUCAUGCACGUUUGGGUGGAAGAUUGACGAUGAGGCCUAAUCAGUUAUCUGCUAAAACAAGUUUAAAAAUAGAUAUGCUACUAGAAGAACAUGGAUUGAAUUAAUGCUAUAUAUAUGUAGCAAUGUAUGUAUAAUCAAGGCUGGUAUGUUACUUUUAAGCCUCUUUUAGAAGAAGAAAGAUAUAUAUAAAAGGAUUUCUGCUGUGCAAUUUUUAUGCU